CCGGGUGUGCGGCCCCGGAUGUUGGCUGCUCCUGCUGCCGCCGCCGCCGCUUUGGUCGCUGCUUGGGGCCUCAGCUGCUCGCACUAGGCGCCGUUUGGAUCUUCCUUGGGGGGCGGAGACGCACGCAGCGGCCGGGGGCUCGGCCGGGCCGCCUCGGCCUGCGCAGCCUGAGAUUCUUCUUUGUGGCCAGAUGGGUUUGUAUGGACAGGCUUGUCCAUCUGUAACUUCAUUAAGGAUGACAUCUGAACUGGAGAGCAGCCUAACAUCUAUGGACUGGUUACCACAGCUCACCAUGAGAGCAGCUAUCCAAAAAUCCGAUGCUACACAGAAUGCACAUGGAACAGGGAUCUCCAAGAAGAAUGCACUCCUCGACCCAAAUACAACCCUGGACCAGGAGGAAGUCCAACAGCACAAAGACGGGAAACCUCCAUACAGUUAUGCCAGCCUCAUUACAUUUGCAAUUAAUAGCUCACCCAAAAAGAAAAUGACACUAAGUGAGAUUUACCAGUGGAUUUGUGAUAAUUUUCCAUAUUAUAGAGAGGCUGGCAGUGGUUGGAAGAAUUCCAUACGACAUAAUCUGUCACUGAACAAGUGUUUCCUUAAAGUGCCUCGAUCCAAGGAUGACCCCGGAAAGGGAUCUUAUUGGGCAAUAGACACCAAUCCGAAGGAAGAUGUGCUGCCUACUCGGCCAAAGAAGAGGGCACGAUCUGUCGAACGGGCUUCAACUCCAUAUAGCAUAGAUUCAGAUUCUUUGGGAAUGGAGUGUAUAAUUUCGGGAAGUGCCUCUCCAACUCUGGCAAUCAACACUGUGACUAACAAAGUAACAUUGUACAACACUGAUCAGGAUGGUAGUGACAGCCCACGCAGUAGCCUUAACAACAGUCUCUCCGACCAGAGUUUGGCAUCUGUUAACUUGAACAGUGUUGGAAGUGUGCAUAGUUACACACCGGUGACAAACCAUCCGGAACCAGUCUCUCAGUCACUAACUCCUCAACCGCAGCCACAGUACAACCUUCCAGAACGAGACAAACAACUGCUUUUCUCAGAAUAUAACUUUGAAGAUCUCAGUGCCUCAUUUCGGAGCCUUUAUAAGUCAGUUUUUGAGCAGUCACUUAGUCAACAAGGUUUGAUGAACAUCCCUUCGGAAUCUUCCCAGCAGCCCCACACUUCGUGUUCCUAUCAGCAGUCUCCCAGCAGUACAGUGAGCUCUCACCCACACAGCAACCAAAGCAGCCUGUCCAAUAGUCAUGGCAGUGGCCUCAACACCACUGGCAGUAAUUCGGUUGCCCAAGUCUCGCUGUCCCACCCCCAGAUGCACACACAGUCGUCUCCACAUCCGCCCCACCGACCACAUGGUUUACCACAGCAUCCGCAGCGUCCCCAGCAUCCAGCACCGCACCCACAGCAACACGGCCAGCUCCAGUCCCCUCAUCCCCAGCACCCCUCUCCACACCAACACAUGCAGCAUCAUUCGAACCAUCAGCAUCAGACGUUAACACAUCAGGCACCCCCACCCCCACAACAGGUACCCUGUAAUUCUGGUGUUUCAAAUGAUUGGUAUGCAACACUUGAUAUGCUAAAAGAAAGCUGUCGAAUUGCUACCAGUGUUAAUUGGUCAGAUGUAGACCUUUCACAGUUCCAAGGUUUGAUGGAGAGUAUGAGACAGGCAGAUCUCAAGAACUGGUCAUUAGAUCAGGUUCAGUUUGCUGAUCUCUGUUCUUCUCUUAAUCAGUUCUUUACACAAACUGGCCUUAUCCACUCACAGAGUAACGUUCAGCAAAAUGUCUGUCAUGGUGCCAUGCAUCCAACCAAACCUUCCCAGCACAUUGGAACAGGAAAUUUGUACAUAGACUCCAGGCAAAAUCUCCCUCCUUCAGUGAUGCCACCUCCUGGUUAUCCUCACAUCCCACCGGCACUCAGCACUCCAGGAACAACAAUCACAGGCCAUCACGGAGCCAUGAACCAGCAGCACAUGAUGCCUUCCCAAGCCUUCCAGAUGCGGCGCUCUCUGCCCCCCGACGACAUCCAGGACGACUUCGACUGGGAUUCAAUUGUGUAGAGCUUGUGUCUGCAAGGCCCAGGCCCCAGAGCCACCUUUCUGUGCAGCGAAGGGAAAGGUUUAAGAGAAUCCAGUUGAGAAAACAGUUGCUAAUCACUUUACUAAUGCUAUCAAAAUUUCUUUUGAAGACAAUCAAAACGAUUUUAGCUGGAUAACUUACUGCUUUUAUCCAACCCGGACAAGUACUCCGUGUUUGUCUCCCUGCCAGCUGCCCUCCGUAGCUCCUGACUGUUGUGUGAGUUAAACAGCUUUUGCAUAUUUGUGUCAGUUUGUUGUUGACCACAAGUGCCAGACUGAUUUUUCAGACAGAGCCUAUUUUGCUGCAAGCAGUUUAUAGAUACAUAUGUGUAAAUAUAUGUACAAAAUUUACUGAAAGGCUUCGAUUUUUUCUAAUUGGAUUAUUAGAUCUUGCAAAGAAAAUUACUGUGAGUUUUUAUUCCUUGUUCGGCUAUUUUCCGCAGGAUGGUUUUAACUGAUGUGGGCAACUUAAAGGAAAUAGAUUUUUUCAAAGCCUGGUUCCCCUUAUUGAAUUUUCUCAGAAAUGUGGGUAUCAAGUUCUGCCCAGUAAGUCAAAGAACCCAGAGUUUGAUGAUCUCCAAACAGUCCGAAGGGGCAUGUUGUUCCUGAGCAGCACAAAGAACUGACCAAGGGUUUUCUUUUUGUUUGUUUGUUUGUUUGUUUGUUUUUGAAGCUUGGAGGAUUAUAGAUUUUAUGUUGUGCCUUGUCGAUGUCUAAUUUCCUAAUCUGCAUUGUAACAGCUCUAAAAUUUACUUGAUUGAUUAGAAGCUGGGUACUGCUUGGCUCUUUAAACAAAUCAAUGUCUCCACUUAUUUAUUAUUCAGAAGUGCAACUUUAAUAUUUAUUGCUACCUUCUAUGAAUGCUUAGCUCUAAUUGGGUUCAUUAGGGAUAAAUGGGAUGUCUGAAAGCACAGAAUUAUUUUUCUUGGUAAGAGUUUACAGACAAGACAAUCAGAGAGAUUGUUAUUCUCUUUGUCAUUACUCCUCAUACCGUGUGAGUAUGUUUCUCUGUCUUAGCAUUCCUGCUGCUUGAGACUUACUAGCUAAGUAGAACUUUCCCUGGAGUUUGAAUCAGAGUUCCCAGGGGCAGUGGAGUGGCAGGGCAUUGUGUGUAAGCGAGUUUCCCCACUGUUCUCUUCUGCUUAGGAAGCACCGGUAGGAGGACAGAGCCACGCGUAGACUCUGUGCGCCUCAGUUCUCAGCGCAGUUCCGGUGCCGGUUCCAGGGCCUACUGUUGCUAAUGUGACAGUGGGUUACGUGCUCUGCGUAGACUCUGUGCGCCUCAGUUCUCAGUGCAGUUCCAGUUCCGGUUCCCAUUCCAGGGCCUGCUGUUGCUAGUGUGACAGUGGGUUACGUGCUCUGGGAUGCAGCCCACCUCUUAGGGGGGUUUUAUUAGUUAUUGUUUGUUUAUUAUGUUGUUUCUAUUAUAGCACAGUUACUUCGCAUGGAUUGACUGUCUUAGUUUUGUAAUAAACUAAAAGAAAUGAGUUUUUUUAAAUGAAUAGAUUUUGAAUUGGUUCUUACAGAAAAAAAAGCAGAAAUUUUUUUUUUUCAGUUCUAAUGGGGAAGUGUGUUCCAUCAAAUCAGGGAGUAACAAUUACUCACUUGUUGCCUUUUAGCACCUCAAGUCUCUGUCAUCCAUGUUUAAAUCAAUUUAAUUAGCCUUAGUGAUUCUGUGGUUGAGUGAUCUCUACUUGAACUAAACAUCCUUGUUUCUAUACAUGUGUAUGUGAGAGUGUUUGAAUGUGUGUGUUUGUUUUUUUUGUUUUUAAAUGGAGUGUUGCCUUGAAUGAAUCACUGGGAAGCCAGCCCUCGGUUAACGGCUGGUGAGGUUGGGGAGAAAGGAAGGGCUUUAUGUUCCUGUUGUCCAGACCCUGCUUGGCAUGAAAAAAAGGAAGCUCAGUUCCAGCCCCUUGGAACAGAGAAUAUCAGAAGAUUCUGGAAAGGCAGCCAGCAGGCCCCUCUUAGAUCCGUCAGAGGCAAGACGAAAUAGCAGCCUGCAGAGUAAAAGCUUGACACCAAGAGAAGAGGUGAUUUUCAGUCUGCUGAAGUCACCGUGUUCUAGACACCAGAGUGACCCUUUUGAAACUUCUAGUUGCUUGGGCAGCAAUGUGUGCACUUUAAACAGUUUGGGUAUUGGAAUGGAGUCUCUUACAUUGAAUGAUUUGAGUAGAAACCACUGACGGGGAUUUUUCAAAUUGUGUGAUGCUAAUUUCCUGUUUGGCACUCGUUUACUGAUUCGCAGUGAUGAAUAUUUUUAUAAGGAUUUAAACUUACCAAGAAUGGCCCUGGAGGCAGAGCCUCCAUCCAGACCCAUCCCACCCUGUGAUUCAGGUGACCUGGGAGCCCAGGUCAGGCCUUCUCAGCGGGCUCCAGCCAGACAGGGCUACCUGGUGAGGUGCGGAGCAUCCCUCUAGUGGCCAGUUCAGUUGGUAGUUGUUAAUGCAAAGUUCUGUCACGGGCCUCAAUUGGCUGAAGGCUUCUGGGGAAAAGAAGAAUAAAUGCAUAUAAUGAAACGGGGUACUCUGUCCAGGAGAAUAAUCCGACUGGCAUUUGUGGCAGUUUUUGAAAUGUAAAUGUAUUCAUGUGUGUACUUGUAAAUACAUGUCUCUCAGAUGUCCUUUGAAGUGGGAGGGAAUCAAUCUGGGGAUUAUUUCAAAUGGAAUAGAGUAUUUUGAUAUUGUCCAUUCAAAGGGUGAUGUGUACAUAUCUAUAUUGUAUAUAUGUGAUGAAAUGCAUUGGCUUUUUGUGCAAACACAAUCUGCUCUCUGUACUGCUGUUGGACAGUCAGUGUUUUAAUGUUUCUACAGUUUUGCUAUUGCACGAUUUCAUAUUUUGCCUCUAUGAUGAACAACACCCAUUCUUUGUAACUGUUUAGUGCUUUAAAGAAAUAUUCCAAGUGUCAUUAGGAUUGUUGGUGCCAGAACUGAUAUGCAUGAAUGGCACUUAAAAUAAAUAUAUUAUGUAAACUCUA